UUUCGCCAUUUCACCCAAUAUGUAUACCAAAACAUUUACCAUAUUGAUGGCAGCGGCCAUAAGCAGCACCACUUUUGCGCAAGAUGUAGCUCCUCCAUUUGCAAACACCUCCGCGACCCCAGUUCACUUCGGUAUUCUACUCCACUCUGCAAUCCAACCAAUCGACCUAUUCGGCCCUCUCGAUGUGCUCACCGGUCUGGUAAUGUCAUAUCGAAACGUCAGCCGAUUUGAACUCUCCGUCCUCUCGGUCAACAGCACACCAGCAGCUACCGGUAGUCGGAUGGGGGGUCUGGACUUCGAAUUUGCAUUGCCACCCAGCAUCACACUGGCCCAGUACCGCGAACUCGCCGCGAGCAACUUCACCACAGACCUUGACGAGCCCGCAACAUGCCCAGACAAGGCGAAGAUCAGAAACAAGGGCCCAAUCGACGUGCUCCUCGUCCCCGGUGGCGGCGGUACCCGUGCCGACGUCUCCAACGAAAUCGACUUCGUCAAGGAGAUCUACCCUAAGCUGAGAGACAUCAUCAGCGUGUGCACUGGCUCCACGAUCCUGGCCCGUGCCGGUGUCCUCGACAACAAGAAAGCAACGACGAACAAGAAAGCGUGGGCGUGGGCUACUACUUUUGGCACAAAUGUCGACUACCAGACCCACGCUCGCUGGGUACAAGAUGGUAAUGUGUGGACUGGAAGCGGAGUCAGUGCUGCUUCUGAUACCGCGUAUGCUUAUGUUGCGCAUGUGUUUGGAGACCAGGUGUCGCAGUGGGUUGCUGAUUCGAAUGAAUACACCCGGUGGUUGAAUGCUUCGUACGAUCCGUUUGCUGACCGCUGGGGGCUUGGUAAGGCUAACCUCGCGGCUGCUUAAUUGCAGCGUUGAAGGCUUUAUGCUUCAAAUGGGCAAUGUACGAGUUUGGUGCGGUUGUUGUACGAAGUGCAUAUAUGAGCAUUUGGGCUUACGAACUUCUUCUCUACGAAGUACUAUGUUGUUUAUCGUCAUAAGCAAUGUAUGAUUCCGUAUAUGUAGCCAAAACAAUAAAGGCAUCAUCAGCCAGUGUCAUUCUUUCCACAACGAUCUACGACCAAGAAGUUGUGUUCACGUUUCCUAUUUCCCUGGAUUACACAUCAAAAGACUUGAGUAAGUCUGCAUAUUCGCAGUCGUGCCUGAAUUGUCAGCACUCAACAGUGUUCAAGUCUAGUUCUCUGUAUUUACUUCACUCUU